AUGGGCCAAUUCUACCAGAAACUAUUGGCUCUAGACAUUCCCAUCCUUUUACCGUUACCGAAACAACUCACAUCCAGUGGCUAUUUCCCUUCGUGGAAUGCCUCUACCGUUCAUUACUUGUGUGUUCGCUUUACAGGUGGUACCUCGGCACAUACGGAAUUCUCGUUCGAAGAGAAGUUUGCUAUCCCUAUAAAGUUAUACGAUACCCUUCCUUUAUAUCGCCAAUUCAACGAACCUAUCAUUGAGCAGCGUCCGUCCUCCGAUAACCAAGUUCUAGUCGAUCUUGAAUUGCCUAUCAGUUCAUUAGGCCCACUGGACCCUUUCCACUUGCGAGUCAAGAUUGGCGGCAACCCCUUGCACAAUAAGAGAAAACGAAAUCUUCGGCUUAAGCUGGUUACGAUGCAAUUGAAAGAAUAUAUGCAAGGAUUCGACUCUGGUCUUCCUUCAAAAAGAGAGAUAAAGUUGCGCAGCGAGACUGACGAAUGUGACAAACCUAUAACUGCUGACGGAACCACACAUAUCUUCGAGUUUCCCUUUCCGUUUGAUAAUGAUUUCCUACGCCAUUUUGCUGUUUCUGAUGCGACCGAACCGUACAGGGAUCAAUUGACAGUAAAGUUCUCAAGCGCAACCUUCAACAAGAACAGGAAUCUCUCCAAAAUUACAGAAGGUGUUCCUGUAACGCACACACAGGGAUUCACAACUUUGGGCAGACUCUUUUCCAUUCGUUAUGAAGUCAUCGUCAAAGUGAAGAUCAGCCAUGGCAAAGAUACAAUUGUGCACCUACCGUUAACGGUGUCACCAUAUGACCGAGCCAGCAGCGAAUACUUGCUUAGCUGGAUAAAAGGAGAAUGUUUAGUUGCGAGGGACCUUUUUGGCAGAGAUACAGUGAAUCAAGCAGCCUCUACGUUCAAAGACGAGGAGGUGCACAUGAUGCUUCAACGGUUUCGCCCUGCCCCUGUACUAUACAAAGUCAAUAGGACAGAUUGGGAAGCACUUGGCUAUUCCUUGGACCGUUACGGCCAUCUGAUGGUCACGUGUAUCGAGUAA